AGAUCCUGGCGGAACAUUUUUCAAUUUCUCUCUCAUUUUUCUUUCUUUCUCUCUACCUCAGCUUGCCAUAGAGACAUGGCAGGACCCACAGGCCAGUUAAGCGUCCGCAGAUUAUCAAGGUUGACAUGCCCAAGAAAGGGAACCGAAAACGGCUGAAAUUUAGGGCCGGGGACGUUUGUUCGGAAUCAGUGACCGUUGCUGAUUAUGCUGAUGCCGACCCAGCCGUUGUGAAGUCAGGGAGGCUGAAAAAGGCUGUUGCAAAUGCAGUUGAAAAAGAAGUAAAAUUACUCUGCGGCCUGGAGGCAUCUCAGGGUGCUGUAGAGGAGGUCCUCUCGUCUUCAGCGAGUGUCACAGCCGACGCUUUGGACAGCAGUGAUGAUGUAGACCCUGAAGAAGAUGGAGAAAACGAAGCUAAAGGGACCCGCAAGAAGAAAAACAAAAGGAGAAAGGAAAGCAGUGACAGCAGUGAUGGUGGGGAGUAUCCAGUGGAUAUUUGGCUAGUGCUUGCCUCCUACAUUCGGCCUGAGGAUGUGUGCAGGUUUGCUCUAAUCUGUAAGAAUGCCUGGACGGUCACUUGCACUGCAGCGUUUUGGACCAGGCUCUAUAGAAGGCACUACAAGAUUGACACUGACCUGCCGUUCCGUCUCCAGCCUGACUCUAUUGACAGGAUGUGCUCUCUACGGGCCCGUGUGAUUCGCUCCCUUUUCCAUUUGUAUGAGCCAUUCAGCUUGCGUGUCUCGAAAAUUCCUGCCCUGCCAGAAUCCACGCCCACAACAUUGCUCAAUUCCAAGUGUUUACUCUUCUGGGUCAGAAAGCUGCCAGGGACUCGGCCUGAGGCAUUGUGGGAGUUUAACUUCAAGUUUCUAAAGCAGCAGGGACACAAUAAGAAUGGUUGUGUCAAGUCUUUGCGGAUGCCCACACAAUACAAAGAUGUCCACACGAACCCAGACUCUGACUGCUACAUGCUUCAGGUCACCACCCUCAACUUCAUCUUUACCCCUGUGGUUAUGGGCAUGACACUGUCCCUGUUCACAAUCAACGUUAGCACAGACAUGCGCCACCACCGCGUUCGUCUGGUCUUCCAGGACUCGCCGCUCCAGCGGGGCAAGAAGAGAGGGGAUCAGGGCGGGACCCAGGUGGUGUUGGAUCCCGUACACAGUGUAAAGCUCAUGGACUGGUGGCACCCACAGUACCCCUCCUCACCCUACACAUAGGAGACCUGCCCUGCAGAACGACACACCAAGAACCCUGCUGUUAUCUCAUCCCACUCACCAAACAGAUAUGAUACUGGAUGAUUCUGCAGAACUCUGGAUUAUGAUCAUUCACAUUUCCUUAGACCCUAUUAGAUGUUAAAGGCAGAAUGAGUAGGAAAAAAAACGGUGUUUAGGUUUAUAAAGAGUAACCUACAUAUCCUACUCAUUUUGCCUUCAGAGAAGGCCUGAGAUGGGAUGCAAAUUCCAACUGCCAGUGUCACAUUCAAAUAUGUUGCAUGCCCAUCCACCACAACCUCCACACCCUACUUGUUUUUUUAAACAUCAUAGGUCUUCAUGAAUCUAAAUGGUGCACUGCAGAACUGUCCAAUAUGAACAUUAUUCCUGGGAGACAGGGCUUGUUAUGUGUGUUUUGAAAUCUGCCAUGUCCACAUAGGAACAUUGGAGUCCCUCUGCACUUUCAACACUCCUCAGCUCCAGCAGUUCCAUAGUCUUUCUGAAAACAUGAAGAAGUAGGGGGCCGGGAAACCAGAAAACCAUCAUCUGAAAUUAGUAACUGUUUUGAUCAGGGAUGUCCCGAUCCAAUUAAGGUAUUUUUUUUAACCAACUGGGAUCAAGAGCCCAAUCCGAUCCCUUGUUUUACGUUGGCUAAUCACACAGGUGUUUGUACUUGCUACGCUUUCAUUCACAGCGAUGCAACAACUCUCCAUUGUCAGUUGUCCUCCACUUUUCUGAGCUCACGUGUGUGUGUGUGUGUGUGUGUGUGUGUGCGCGCGCGCGUGUGCGUGCGUAUAAGAGCUUUGGCUGAGCCCCGCCCACCACAAAACACAGCAGAUCAAAAGAAAAUGCAGUAUGUAACUGUUUAGUUACGUUAUUCACUGAAGUUACGUGCACUCGUUUCAUUUUAGCUCAGUGCUAGUAUCUUAGCUUUGCUUUCAGCCAUGACGCACAGUGUUUCACUGCUCUGCUCAACAAAAAUAAACACUCAAUUGAAUACAGUUUAUUCAGGUAACUCAGACACAGGCCUCACCAAAGCCACUGGAGUAUAGUCUCUUAAAGGGACAGAGAAAUUCAUUCGACACAGCGACGAGGCAAUAAAAGAUAAAGAAAGGGGUUGUUAUUUUAUGCUUUGUAAAACAAGGCUAAUUUUGCAAAAAGUGUGCACUGUGCAGCUGUAUUAUCUAAGCAAAUGUAUCAGAUCGGGACUCUGUAUCAAUAGAUAGUCAAUAUUAAAUGAUUAGAUUGUGGGCGAAAAACUUCAUCGGGGCAUCCCUAGUUUUAGUAUCUGUUUAUAUAUGAAAAACUACGUCAAAUUGUUUAGUAAUUUCUCACUUUGGACAGCUGGUAGAACUUUAAUUUGUUUUGCAUUAUUUCAGACAGAAGUGCAUCAUGUUUCACAAUAUAAAAAAAAUACUGUGAUAUGAUCACAGUGAUAGAUGAUGGAUGAUCAAUAUUGAUAUAUUGCUCAGCCCUACAGACUUGCCAGAGGGGAAUGUGUCCACUAUUAUUUUACGUUAGACAUGUUGCAUGUUGAACCUACAUGUGUAACAUGUUUUCUAGAUAAGUCUUUAAACCUCAUGGAUUAACAGGGUGGGACAUUUUUGCUGUCCUCCCUUGGUUUGUUUUUAUACUCACUUGAAAAGUUACUCAAAAAUAUCUUGAUUAUGUGCUGGUUUGAAUUUGACAACGUUGCAUCAACAGAAUUGUAUUAUUAUUUUAAAAUUUAAGAAACUUGACGUAUUUAAUUCAAAGUAGCCUCCCUUAGUGUUAUGUAAAUAUUAAUGACACUGCUCUUUACUGAAGGGGCCAAAGAGAUGAUUUACCUCAGACGUCAGCCACUCGCCUGCUGAUUUAAGCAUUAUGUCUUUUCUUUCUAGUGUUUCAUGGCUAAAAACAUCUUGAUUGUCUCAUUGCUGGCUGUGUGAGCCGUGUACCCCACUGCCUCCUGUGGAAUCUCAUUCUCAUAUUUGAAUGGCUUGAAGUGGUUUAAAGUGGUCUGUCUUUCAAGUGUUGAAUGUUAGUGGAAUCAUGCCAAUCACAUACUUGAUUAUGAUGGGGAGAGAGCUACUACUUACAGUGAUUUAUCCAUUCAUCAGACACCGUCAGAACCACUUAACUAGGAUCAUGAACAUAUACAUAUGUUGCAAAUGAAAAAAUAGAUGAGCCGCAACAGUUUACAGCUUCAGAAGUAAAAAGCAGAAGACAGCUGGAUGUUCUGGUUGGCAGCAGUUAAUUGUUUUAGUGGUUGGUCUAGUGUCAGAUGAGAGUUACAUUGAUAAACUUACUGCACUGAAAUAAAAACUGAAAC